CUUGUCAUCCUGUACGAGUCCGCCUGGACGAACUGGCUCUGGUUCCAACACUUCGCUGUCGUACACUGUAAUGCCUGGAACUGGUUGCACAGUCGCACCGGACGCACCCUCCUUCGUACUGGACAUCAUGGUCGCUGUUACACAAGCUAGUAGCCUUACGUCAGCAAGGCAAAGACAAAAAAGGAAACUGACAGUCGACCGUUCCGCGUCGGGCCUGCACUCAGCGCGCAAGAAUGCUGCCUGGUCGACAACUAUUGCGGGUCCCGGUAUUAGCCAGAUUUACCAGGACUAACAGCACCCUUCAAGCACCUCAACCAGAGGUUACUGCCGAGUCCGCGAAGAAACGAUGGCCAUACAAGCCGCGUCGACCCAACAUCUCGCGCGACCGUCCUCGUGAAUGGCACAGACCACUCGCAUUCGGAGUACUGCCAGCCUAUGACGAAGCACUAAAAUACAUUAAAGCUGAUUCAGAGGCAUUAAAGACGCAGGAACAACACUUGCGGGCGGCUCUGGCGGAAACCAAAGCCAGUGCAGACCCAAACACGGAAGUUGUUCAGGAGAUGGAAAAGAAACUGGAAAUUCUGCAAAUCCAGAGUCAAGUGAACCUUCCCGAGGUUCGUUGGAAAGCUAAGAAUGGAAUGGCGGACAUGUCCAUAGCGGUCGACAGACAUAUCGUCGAGAAGCGCUGGAGGGAAGAGGGCCGACUCGACGAAUUGAUGGAACGCAUCCACCAGAUGUUUGUCGUUCCCGAUGUAGUGCCCUACCUUCGUCCUUCGUUAGACCUUCGUGUCACGUAUCCCCAAGCAAGGAAAACCUCGCAAGGUCAUCCCGGAAAGACAAAACAUAUGCUUGUGGAACCUGGCAUGUUCCUACUUCCUGAACAGACGGCCAAACCACCCAAGCUCUACACAAGCGUGUUCCACACGGACACGCGUUUGUAUACACUACUGAUGGUUGACCCAGACGUUCCGGAUGAAGCCAACAGCACGUUCCAGACAUACCUGCACUGGCUACAACCGAAUAUCCCCCUAUCGGCGACAUCAUCGUCAACUAUCGCCGAUCUGAAUGGCCACACCGAAUACAUUCCUCCUCAUCCCCAGAAGGGUACGCCUUACCACCGGUAUACCAUUCUUCUUCUUCCCCAAAAGGCACCGGUAUCCGUUCCCGUGUUACAAAAGGACCAACGUGAUGGAUUUUCGGUGAGAGACUUCAUCGAAAAAUACCAACUUGACCUUGCAGCUGGCGGAGGUGCCUUCAUGUGGAGAGAAGCAUGGGGUGAAGCAGUACCCAACAUCUUUAAAGAAUUUUUUGGUGAAUUCACAUUAAAGCUGGCAGGCGGUACGUAUCUAACAUGUUGCAUUGCAGGGUCAGAAGAGCCAAGAUAUGGGAGACCUCCGAAGCCAGACCUGUAUGCAGAGGCAAGGGCGAGGAACAAAUAUUUUAAGUAGUAGUGGCGCAACACUUUAUCCUACGAUCGCAAUCCCAUUUCAUGUCACACGAGUUGACCUUGCUUCCCCGGGAGUUCCUGGAGCAGCUGUCAGGGAAAAAGUGCCGCUGUACCGAGAUAGAUUUGCAGCUGUCUGUAACCUUCUUUCCGCCAAUAACUCGGUG